AUGUUCCGAAAUCUGGCCAUUCGCGGGAUACAAGCGGCACCAAGUUUCUCAUCGUGUCGAGCUCAAGCAACGCAAGCUGAACGAUUUUCCGGUGAAAUCCCAACAGAACAAAUUGAGAAGCGAUUCACGCGCAGCUCCGGACCAGGAGGACAAAACAUUCAGAAGAGUCUCACAAAGUGCGAGAUUCGCUUCAAACUCACCAAUGCUUCAUGGAUACCCGAACAUUUGAAGGACAGCGUUGCACAACGAUUUUCUAAUCGAAUCAAUGCGGAUGGAGAAGUGGUUAUUGAUAGUGAUCGAACACGAGAACGGUCAAUGAACUUGGCGGAUUGUUUCGACAAAUUAAGAUCGACGAUUUAUGACGUUGAAGAGGAUUUGGAAAAACGAGAGGAAAGCGAAGAAGAUCGACGGGUGUUGAUGAAACGACAAGAAAUUGCCGCCCAGAAAAGACUUGAGGAAAAAAGACGAGCCGCAAAACUUCGGCAAACAAGAACGGAAAAUUUUGCUUUG